AUGGAUCGAUUCCGAACUACUGCGGGCGAAUAUGAGGACUCGGCCAUCAUGGACGAUCUAAAGGCUGUUGGGUAUCAGGAAAUUACUGGAUUGCAGGAAGCCCAGGCUCGGUCGCCCUUGACGAAAACGCGGUCCAUGUCCGAUGGAGGAGGAACCCCCUCUCGACUCUCUCCCUCACCACGCAUCGUCGAGGCAUCUCGACGGACUUCAAAAGACGACACUAGUAUUCCGACACCUCAGCCAGUGACGCCCCGGCGACCAAACUUUUCCAGCCGUGGCUUUUCCAUACAGAUGCCCCCUCGAGAAUUUACUCCACCAGCCGCGAACUCAUAUGCCAAACCCGCACCUCUAUCACCUAAACUGGACCACUCCCAGAUAUACGCAUCUCCAACCAAUAUACUUCCUCGUCGUUCCCGUGGUCUCGACUUCUCUCGCGCCGCUACCAGCCUGCAUCACUCGACCCUCGCCGAGCAGUCUUCUCCCGAUUCAUCGCCCACCGCUGGUGGCCGGGCUAUGAACAUACCGAGCCGAAGAAGUCAUUAUGCCGGCCCGGAACAAACAUCGACGUCUCUGUGGUCCGUCAUGGGCAACCAGGAAAAGAUGCACAUCAGCAGCUCGCUUGGGAGCCAGGCGAUUGGCUCUGAUUCGUCAAGUACCUCUGAUGACGAUGACCUGAUGGAUGAGGACAUGGACGAGACCUACGUAACAACUCCGCAAGUCCAUAAGAUUGGUCCAAUUCUCGGUCCCCAAGGGUCUGGUGGGACCUUUGGAUCCCCUGCAAUGAGCAGCCUCAUGAGUUUCCAACAGCGACAAAGACCCCGCAAACAAGCCAAGAAGAAGGCUCGUGGGUCCUUGGGACUGGGAUUCAGUGGUGCAUCUCUAUCCAAGUCACCACCAACUAAUUCUUCUCGAGCCCGUCGCGAGAGCAUCAGUUGGCAGGCUAAUCAAUUGCACAUUUCUGGUGCAGAUUCCGAUGAGACACGAGCAAUGGGAGAUGUGGACGGGCUUGGAGAUGGGCAGCGCAAUGUCAUUCGGAGGCCCAAGACAAAAGGAUUCGCGCGCAUUCGUGCUGCGCUCAUGGAAGAGAGCACUCCCGCCGAGUCUGAGUUUCGUCGAGAGGCCGAAGUUGUUAAACAAGUUCGUGAUUGCGAUAUGGAGCUUGAGCCCAGGAUCUCACAACCGGCCUUGGAAUCAACUCAAUCAACAACAGCACCCUCUUCACCCAACUUGACACAGCAAGAAGGCCUGAACGACGUACCCGAGGAUGAUAUCAUGGGCGACAUAUCCGUGGGUCUCUCUAGCAGUUUUAAGCAACAUGCUAUCAAGAACUCCAAAGGGAAGACGUUCUGGGACACCUUUUCUGAGUCGAGUAGCACCGGCGGCGCCAGAACCACACCGCCUCCUGCCGCUUUUCUUCCUCGAGGCUCAUCCUCUGGUAUUAGCGAAGACGUGGCGAUGGACUCACCGUCAGUUGGUGGAGCUACUAAUGGCGGUACUCAACCACCAACUGCUGCAGAAAUAACUAGAAGAAUCAACAGCAAGCGUCGACGGGAUGAUGAUUUUGAUCCUGUUAGCUUCAAACGCCGAGCUGUGAGCCCUGGCAUGAGCGUUCACAAUUCACCAGUCAUGCAGAGUCCACUCCAACGAGAUGGUAUGUCAUGGGGUUCUCGUCCCGGUAGUAACGGCGGCGAUAAGGCUGGCAGUAGUGCACCAAGUGAAGCCGGCAGCACACCAGGAAACCUAUCCGGCAGUAGCUCUGCGGCUGGACGACUAAACAGUAAAGGCCGGGUUGGUUUCCAAGGAAUGAUUGAUACUCACGAUGGGAUCAUGCGUAUGAGCAUAGAGUAG